UUCUGAAAAUCUUUAGCAAAAACAUCCGAAACGAGUCGCGCGUAAAUUGUUGUCCGACAAUGAUGCGUGAUGGUUUUCAAUCGCUGUCUUGAUUAUAACGCCGACUGCGAUGCACGGUGUCAUUAAGCAACCAGAACACGAACGCUGUUGUUUGCAGCGUGAGAUCUGAAAUAAUCUAGCGUUGCAUAUGAAGCAAAUGUAUCAGAAAUUCACCGAGUAGCGUUCGGCAUCACAACCGUAGGAUUUAAUCGACGCGUCAAUGUAAAUUUGAGGAUUUUUAUGCUAAAAUCGGACCGAAGGGCACACUACCCCUAUCGCACAUAGACUGAAACGCCAUCAACAUUUUCCUGUAUUUAAAUGGUAGAGAGAGAGGAGGUCAUUGCUGAAAUAAGGAAGAACGCCGGGUAUUAAAAGAAACUGAGGGAAUUACACACAAGUGAAGAUUUACUCGAUUAGGCUACAUAAAUGGGGGAUUACGGCUUUCUGGUUAAAAACAACACUGCAAACAAAUCAGUUUUUCCGGUAAGAAUUCAUCCACACCUGCAGCAUCCGGUUCACCACCAGACAGCACCUCCAAGCCCCCCGGCUUUCAUCGGCAACAACAACACUACCAAUGGUGGAAGUGUUGGGUCUGCUUGGCUUUUCCCAGCUGUGACGACCCAUUCUAACAUGCAAGAUGAUAUUUUGGAGUCCGAGACGUCCAAGGCUCCGCAACAAGAUAGUCAGGAAGGACAAGACAAGCAGGCGCUCGCUCCACCAGGUCACCAAGAAGCACCAGGAAUCAUAUCGGAGUUGGACAACACCAUGCCAGAGGAGAACAAGCUGGAGAAAGGGACCAUGGAGAACGCUAAUGGAAAAGAGGCGCUGCGGCUUGAAUCUCCAGUGUUAUCAGGGUUUGACUAUCAGGAGACGUCUGGUAUUGGUACUUUAGCACAGUCUAGUAGCUCUUCUUCGUCGUCCCUUACUGGCUUCAGCAGCUGGUCCACUGCUAUACCACCCAACCCUUCCACCUUGAUCGAAGAGGUUGGCUUUUUCAAUCAGGCUGCUACUACUAACAAUGCUACUCCUCCGCUGCUAUUUCAAAGUUUCUCUCAUCACACCAGUACAGGAUUCGGGGGGAACUUCUCCCACCAGAUAGGGCCUCUAUCUCAGCACCAUCCAUCUCCUCAUCCUCACUUCCAGCACCCUCAUAAUCAGCACCGCAGGUCCUCGGCCAGCCCCCAUCAACCUCCCUUCUCCCACCGCAGUGCUGCUUUCAACCAGUUGCCCCAUUUGGGGAACAACCUAAGCAAGCCUCCUUCCCCCUGGGGGAGCUAUCAGAGCCCCUCGUCCACCCCAUCUUCUACUUCAUGGAGCCCAGGUGGAGGGUAUGGAGGCUGGGGAAGCUCUCAGGGACGGGAGUAUCGCCGAGGGCUGAAUGGAGGGGUCAAUCCCCUCAACUCGAUCUCUCCUUUAAAGAAGUCUUUCCCAAAUAACCAAACCCCAACACAGAAAUAUCCCCGCAACAACUCUGGCUUCAACACUAAACCCUGGAUGGAGGAUACCAUAAACCGCAACGAUAGCAUCUUUCCUUUUCAGGAGCGCAGUCGGUCCUUUGAUGGUUUCAGCAUGCACUCUCUAGAGAACUCUCUGAUCGACAUCAUGAGAGCCGAGCAGGAUUCCUUGAAAGCGAGGAAUUACGGGAGGCGACGAGGUCACUCAUCGUUGUUUCCCAUGGAGGAUGAGCGGACUUACGGAGAGGAUGACAGGUCUGAUCAGAGUCUGGGAGGACUGGGCUCACCACACAGUUUCCCUCACCAAAAUGGCGAACGCAUUGAGCGCUAUUCUCGCAAGGUCUUUGUUGGUGGUCUACCUCCGGACAUAGAUGAAGACGAGAUCACUGCCAGUUUCCGACGCUUUGGACAUUUGUUUGUGGACUGGCCUCACAAAGCAGAAAGCAAAUCAUAUUUUCCACCGAAAGGUUAUGCGUUCCUUCUGUUUCAAGACGAGAGCUCGGUCCAGGCACUGAUAGACGCUUGUAUGGAAGAGGAUGGGAAGCUCUAUCUCUGUGUCUCUAGUCCUACAAUCAAAGAAAAGCCAGUCCAGAUACGACCCUGGAAUUUGAACGACAGUGACUUUGUGAUGGAUGGCUCUCAGCCCCUUGACCCCAGAAAAACAAUCUUUGUUGGGGGAGUUCCACGACCUCUACGAGCUGUGGAGCUAGCAAUGAUUAUGGACAGACUGUACGGCGGGGUGUGCUAUGCUGGCAUUGACACUGACCCUGAGCUGAAGUAUCCUAAAGGGGCUGGACGAGUGGCCUUCUCCAAUCAGCAGAGCUACAUUGCUGCUAUCAGCGCUCGCUUUGUGCAGCUGCAACACGGAGAGAUCGAUAAACGGGUGGAAGUGAAGCCAUAUGUACUGGAUGACCAGCUGUGUGAUGAGUGUCAGGGCACGCGUUGUGGGGGCAAGUUCGCUCCGUUCUUCUGUGCUAAUGUCACUUGUCUUCAGUACUACUGUGAAUACUGCUGGGCAGCCAUUCACUCGCGUGCCGGACGGGAGUUUCACAAGCCUCUAGUGAAGGAGGGAGGAGACCGGCCUCGCCACAUCUCCUUCCGCUGGAACUGAUCGGGAGGUCAAGGCUGUGCUAUUCAUUCAUAUACAUGCACUUUUCAUUUUGCUAAGUCCUUUUUAUUUAGAGUUCUUUUUUAAGUCUGAAAUUGUAUUUAUUCUUAAGUUUUAAAUUUUUUUUUUUUUGCAGAAGAGAAUGCUAAAAGAAAAUGGUGUAAUCCUGAUUUUUGUUGAAAAGCUACAUUGGUGCGCAUGAAGACUUGAAUGCAUUAGAUUUAAAAAAAAAUAUAGAUGUUUAGCCUGACUUGACUCUGAAUUACUGUUCUAUCUUUAUUCUCUCGGAGCCUCAUCUUUUGUUUGUAAUGGGUCACAUUUUCACUUUAAACUGUUGGAGGCUACACACAAAGAGGCUGGAAACGUAAGGGUUCGAACCUCGUUCAUAUGACUUUAAUGUUGAGGUUUGACUAAUCUUAAAUGGCUGCAUGGCAAAUGUGGAUUCACAGUUACUCCUUCAACAAAAUGCACAGUAACGACUAACAAGAGACCACAAGCUAUUGUAUGAGUGACUUAAAAUUACAUUUUAAUGGGUUCAUUCUGGAAUGGAUUAUAUGGACUGGUUCUAACAUUUAAGGCAAAUCUUUGUGAUUAAGUG